AUGUUGGCUGGACUGUCCUGUGCCAUUGACGUUACCAGGGCAAAAGGCUCUUUUACUAUUCUUGGCCGAAAGGGAUUGCUGGGCAGGGCAGGGGCCAUUGGAUUGGGCUGGCCUGAUCCCGUGUUACCCGUAUAUACUCUGGCCCACUGA